UUAUUUUUAUUUUCAAGCUGCGUUGUGGAUUCGACGGUGACAUACUACUCAUCUCCUCAAGGCACAAGAAGGUUCAGUUUUGAUACUUUCCAGUUUACAGGAAACUAUGGAAGUUUUGUUUACUUGCACUGUAACUUAGUGGUUUGCAACGCUUCAGAUCCUACUUCUCGGUGCUCUGUGGGCUGUUCUAUUGACUUCCCCAGGAGAAGACGAGCUAUGGAGGAGGAAAGGGGUGUGGCACGGGCCGGCCUUACUGAAGGACCGUUCAUUUUUAGAGGUGACGUAGAAGUGGACAGAGAUUCCUACACAUCAAAAGAUUCUCCAUUCACUAUCACUACAGUGGUUGUUAUUGCCAUGGCUGUAUUCUGUGCUGCGUGCCUGGCAACUAUAGUCUACUUGAAAAUGAAACUUGCUGCGAAACCACAACCCGACCCAGACAGAGAAACCUACCUAUAGACUUCAUGUAACCAUCACCAGCUGUCUUUGAGGUUGUCCGUGGCCUGGUCAUACGGUCCCAGCACUUUGAUCCACAGUCAUCCGAAAUUGUUGGGUGGGGAAAAUGUUAAUGUGUUUGGAAAAAGGCUCCUUUUUGUGUACCGGACACUGAUAAGAACACAUUCUUUAACGUUUCAUUUUAUUGUUUGUUAGUGAACGUACUUAGCUACAGAAUUAUAUCUUUUGUGCGUACGCAAAGGAAAAGCCUUGUGGGACACUUCAAGAUGUUGCAGGGUUUCCGUCCGUUUGAUCACAACAUGUAGUAACACGGCUCAACAGACAGAGAUGCUGUUUCAAAUUUCCGGGAUCUUUUGACCAAGAGCUUUAAGCUGCUUUACACUGAAAGAACUUGUACGUUAAUUGGCGUAUUAGUAACAAGUGUUAGAUACUGCUACCCUGUGCAUUGUUUCGUUAAAAAUAGAUUUAAGCGUUGAAGCGCAGUUAUAAAAAUAAAGAAGUAGUUUGGUUUGUA